ACAGAAACCCCAUGAAAGGGAUUCUACGGCCGUCCAUUGUUGAUCGCAUCCACUGGGGGUAACCGACGAUAGUGUGGUACAGUGCAGCGUAGCGUUGCUUGGGGGGAAGAACCGGUCACGUCACCAGUGGAGCAGGAUUGGGCUCGGGUCGAAUGACGAGGGCGCAUGGCCUCCCUUGGCCCCUCCGGUGCUGCUCGUUCCCGGCAUCGUCCAGCGCUAACAGUAGAAUCUCUUUGAAUUAUCCAUUCCAUCGCUGGCCUGACACCAGCGGUGGGUCAACCCCUGGUGGAUACUCGAUUCGAUUCCAUGAUGAUGAUGUUAACGACCGGUUGGACGAUGAUGAUAGUCAGGGGAAUGAUGUAGGAGACCUGAGACCAGAACCAACAAGCAGCAGCCACCAGCCCAUUAUAGGUCAGCGAUCGGAGUAUAGGUACACAGUGUUCAGGGAAGAUGACUUGUUGGAAAGAGAAACGGGUUAGAACCGGCUGGGAUGAGAUACUGUGAGAUGACUUACAGUAGCACCACUAGUUGUACGUAGACUAUUGUUAGUCCAUGGCCAUCGGGCCAACG